AUGGAUCACGAACAACUGCUUCUAACAGAGCAUUUAGGGUUCGCUCCGUUGACGCUAAUAGACGAAGUCAUCAAUGCAGUGAACCAUAUCUUGUAUAGGUGCACAGAUGCCUUGGAGGUCUUCCUUAAGAACAGAAGAAACAGUCAGAUCCAGGAACUACGAAACAAGUCUACAGAUGAUUCUGAUAUUAUAAUGGACGACACCGAACCGGAUAAUCCAGAGUUCAAAAAGCGUGUAUUUCCACAGGAUGAGAUUGUUAAAGGUACGGCAGAAGUGGAAACUCGAUUUGUGGAGCAAGUGGAUUUGGCAUUUGACAAGUUCGAGCUUUAUACUUUUCGAAACAUUCUUCAUAUUCCUCCAGACCUCGUUAGUGGCGGCUGGAUUCGGUUGAAGCACCAUGAAGGUCUUGAUUUGCUGGCUCAGGAGGACCACCUGAAGGAUAAGGAUAUUAAACAGUUGAUGGAGAAAAUCAACCUUGAACUUUCGUUAAGAAAGGUUUUGCAGUUGCAGAAGGCAAAGGCUGUAAAGUUGGUGCUGGCACUUAAACACUACAGGGCAUGCGUUGCUGCUAUUGUUUCGCUGGGCCCAUCAUCUCAAUUAUCAGCUGAAAGAAAGGCCAUUCUUCGUCAGCACUUGGAGCCUAUGAAUGAGAACUUGUACUAUUUGCUUGGCCAAACAGAUACGCUUUUAGAGCAGACAUUGAAGUUGGAGCGCAAACUCGGCACAGCAGACUUGACGCUGUCUUCAGACCCCAAGUUUGCACCUUCCUUGCGUGACAUGUACAUGAACCACAAGUCUGUGAAGUUGUUAAAUGAAUGUGGAGUUUUAGGCGAAGACGAUGGCAGCAACCAGCUCAUGUACUCUGCGACAGCCGAAGCCAACAAGGAGCAGCAAGGACCAGAUCCCGAUCUCCAGCGGUUCAACGCUGCCAAGGAGAAAAUGGGCCACUACUUCCGCUUCAGACCAAGAUCUGCGUUCUUCAACGUGAUCUGGAUGGGCGUGGUGCCGCUCUCAUUGACCUACUUGGCCUACAGCUACGAAGGCCAGCUUUCGUUUUCCAGAAAGUUCAGAAAGGAAGUUGUUUUGGAGGAAGAUUACGUGCCUAGAAAGAAGGACUUGUAA